ACAAGCGCUUUCAGUUCAGAGCCCUGGCUGCUGCUGCUAUUGCUGCUGCUACUUCUGCUGCUCCCGCCCACCGCAGAGAGCUGUGCCGCCGCUGGGAGGACUGGGCAGAGCGAGCCGACCAGUUCCGCCUUCCCUCAGCCCUACGCCGGACGGAGCUUCACGAGGACCUGCGGCUCUGCGUCAUGGAGGACGGAGCGCAGCCGGAGUAAUUUGUGUCGGGAGGUCCAGCGGUCAUGACCAACACAGGGCAGCUAACACCUCUGAGGAUUUAUAAUGAGAAACUCGAUUUGAAGUUUUGGAAGUUUUUGCCCAUUUGUGAAGGAUGACCUGUACCUGUAUCCGUCUGACCAUAUUCCUACCUGGAUUCAAUUUGGGAACGUUCCAGAUACUGCACUGAAUUCACUUGGGAAUCAUCAAAAUGGAGAAGGACUUCACACAGUAGCUUCCUCUCCCUCUUCUCCACAUGUUUUUGCACUCACCACUGAGACCUUAAAACUUCAACAUAACCCUAUGGACCUGCUCGUACGUCUAAUCUUCCAGUCUUAACUUUCAUAAAUGGACCUAUCUGUCUGUCAAUAGAACUACAAAAGAACUACAAACAUGUCCGCCACCACAAAGAGACACCUGGUUCGGGACUUUAACCACUUCAUCACCUGUUACCUGUGCCGCGGAUACCUGAUCAAACCCACCACCGUCACUGAGUGCCUGCACACAUUCUGCAAGAGCUGUAUCGUGCAGCACUUCGAGGAGAGCAACGACUGCCCCAAGUGUGGCAUCCAGGUUCAUGAGACCAACCCCCUGGAGAUGCUGAGGUUGGACAAUACACUGGAGGAGAUCAUUUUCAAGCUGGUGCCCGGCCUCCGAGAGAAGGAGGAGCAGCAGGAGCUCGAGUUCUGGAAGAAGAACCAGCCUUUGGAGAACGGACAAGCAGACAGUGUGAAGCAUCAGAAAGCACCAGAGGGAGGAGAGGAGCCUGGAGGAGGAGGAGGAGGAGGGGAUGGAGGAGGAGGAGGAGGAGGAGGGGACGGAGGAGGAGCAGAGGAGCAGGCCCAGGACUUCCACAGGAGUGACCCUCAGAUCGCCAUCUGUCUGGACUGUCUCCACAACACGGGACAGAGCCAGGACACGUCUGUCACGGACCUGAUGAAACGGUUCAUCCGUUGCUCCAGCCGAGUCACCGUGGGAACUAUCAAGAAGUUCCUCAGCCUCAAACUGAAGCUGCCCAGCUCCUACGAGUUGGACGUGCUGUGUAACGGAGAGAUCAUGGGCCGAGACCACACUCUGGAGUUCAUCUACAUGACGCGCUGGAGGCUGCACGGAGAAAACACAUACCCCAUGGUCCUCGAGUACAGACCUCGCAUAGACUUUGGCUGAAGUCCUCGUGCGCCUGUUUGAAGCACUUUUGCACACGAGCAUGUGCAGAGCAACCAAGAGAUUAAACGUAUUUUUGUACAGUGAACCAGGAAGUGCAGGCAUUGUUAUGAUAGAGAGGUUUUAUGCUACUACAUAGAAUAAUAUAUAUACUAUUAUAUAUGAUAUUUUGAAAUGUCCGUCCCUGUGCCUAAACCUGACAAUGAAGUCUGAGCAUAUCGUCACUUGCCUGUCCAACUAACUGUAGAUUAAAUUGUGAUUUUAUAUUGUUUAA